UAGUACGCAUCCAGAAAACCCUAGGACCAUUCGCACGCAGAUCGCUCAUCGUUAUGAGCACAUAAGGAGCAUUUACCACCGAACCCGAAUCUGUUUUGCACUAACAAUGGUCGAUUUGUUGUCGUUUUUCACUGACUCUGAUGUGCUUGAAACCAGGCUAAGAAAAAUGGCCCCAACUGCUAACUUUCUUAGUCAACCGACGAAUAGUAACCACAUUGGGGCCCAAAUCGAAACCAUGAACUGUUCAAUGCUCAACACCAAUUGGAUGCAACUCUCGCAUCAGGCUGAACCCUUUCAGCCCAAGCUCUUGUCUCCGACUUGGAGCACUUUUAUAACACCAUGUGUCAACUACAGUCCAUCGCAGGAUACGCUCUCCCUGAGCGAUCUUACGGAACAAUUUGCUGAUCUGGCUUUGGAUAAACGCACUUUGAAAAGGCCACCACCGUCCUACAUGUGCCAUUUGUGCUUCCAGAAGGGACACUACAUCAAAGAUUGCCCCAAGGCGCGUCCUAAAGGCGAAGGCAAAACCCCUUAUCAAGGCCGCAAACGUUGUUUUGGCGAAUUUAAAUGUCCCAAAUGUAAGAGGAAGUGGAUGAGCGGGAACUCGUGGGCGAAUAUUGGCCAAGAUUGCAUCAAAUGCCAAAUUAAUGUGUAUCCGCAUAAACAGCGACCUUUGGAGAAACCGGACGGGCUGGACGUUUCGGACCAAUCGAAGGUGCAUCCUCAGCACCUGUGCCAGAAGUGCCGCGAGUUGGGGUUUUACUGCAGGAGGGUGCUGCAGUAAAGUGAUUUUUUACACCAUUUAUAUUUUUUUAUUUUGAGAGGUUUUUGUUCUUUUUAUAUUUUUUUAUUUGUUUGUCGUUACUUGUCUAGUAUAUUUCUGCAAUUUGUUUUUGUAAUUGAUUAAGUAUUAUGUUUGUGAUUAUUUUGGCAGCUUAUAAUGCGAGUUGUUUUUGUCAGAUUCUAAGGAAGACAGAGCUAUUUUUUAUAGACUUUAUGCGAAUUGUUUACAGUGUAAACAAAUAUACCGACUUUAUGAUACAACGAUCGUUUUCAUUUUUGCACUCCUAUAUCUGUAUAAAUUCGGUUUCAUUACGCUCGAACUAUAUCUGUAUAUAUUUAAGUGUGUCCUAACACUAAGAUAAGACGUCCUGAGCUAACAAUCCCCAAAAUUUGUGCCAACAAUUGAAAUAAAUGUGAAGUGAUUGAAAAUGAGAAAAUAUGCCCUUAGUUUCACAA